UAAACCGUCUUGCUCACUAGCUUGCGAGCUGACUCCCUCGCCCAUCCAAUGCGAUGGAUGCCGAUAGGAAAUUACCCAUUCCUGGGCAUACCAGACAGCACCAUCCACCCUCAUCAUCCACCGACACCGGGCGCCCGACUUCGUCUCAUCAUGCCCAGCAGCAGCUUCCAUCUAUACGGCAGCUGCACCCCGAUCUCCCGCCCUCUGGUCUAGCGACUCAGCUUCCACAACCUACUGUGACCACAUACUACACAUCCCCCACAUCUGCCUAUCCUAUGCACGUCCCAUCUACCGACGUUACUUCGGGUCCUUCACUGCCCUAUUAUACCCGCAAUGAGGCGCCUGACUCUGAGCCUGAUGCUGAGAGCGAACAGCCCGCCAAGAAGCGACGAAGACGGCAGGCCCUGAGCUGCAACGAGUGCAAGCGAAGGAAGAUCAAGUGCGACAGGGCGCAACCCUGUGGCCCAUGCACGAGGCGCGGAGAGCAGUCCAAAUGCCAAUGGCGCACGCUCGAACCAGUGGAUAAGUAUGUAACAAGGACGGAAUACGACGAGAUGCGGUCGCGUCACAGGGUUGAACACGAUGCUCUGCGAGCACGCGUCGAUCACCUUGAAGGCCUCAUCCGCUACCUCCCCGGUACCGCCGUGCCGAUUCCGUCAGGCUCAGGGCCGACGGCGCUGGGAGGGUACCCACCAGACCCGGCGUCACUCGCACAACAACAACAGCAGCAGCAGGAAGCACUAUACGCAGCACACGGUGCGCCGGGCACCUCGACAGGCUCUAUGCUUUACCCCGGGUCACCAUCCACCUCUGCAUACCAUGGCGGCAGCGGUGAUUUCAAUAGACCUGGAAUUGGACACGCCCAGGUGCAGCACGCGCGCUAUCCCAGUGUGCACAGUGGUGGAAUGGGCGGCUCUCCUAGGCCUCAUCCUUCUUCCAGCAUAGCUACCACCACCAGCUCGGCGGUGCAAAUGGCGCCGACGCCCCAGGCACACGCCCAGUAUCCACCAUACACGAGCAGCGCUCGACACGUCAGGCGACCGUCCGUGUCAGGCUCGACCGAAAUCAAGUCGCCGACAGCCGCACGCGUUUCUCCACUCGCGCUCACUGCGAUAACGUCUCCGUUCCAUGGACACGCGCACGCGCCACCACCGCCUCCACCGCCGUCAGCGUCGGCCUCGGCGGCUACUCGAACGUCACCCGCGAUGCACCCGGCGCUGGCACGCCCACGCGCGAGCCCGAGCCCACGGAUGAGCUCGGCGAACCCGCUCCGAUACCCGGUCGACCAGCAGCCAAAAAACUGGCGCGCGCAGACGCUCAGAGCACUGGGCGAGCGUCUGCGCCUUCCCACCACCACCACCAAUUACUCCCUCACACACGAUACGACCCCGCAAGGCCCAGUGCAGCCACCAUCGCGACAGGUACAAGCCCACGCAUGCGCUCGGCGCUCGCCAUCGCUACGACAGCGGCGACAACGGCGACGACGAGCGGCGGAGGACAGGUGUUUUCGCCCACGCGGACUUCACCGACAAUGGCAAAUCGGCCCGUCUUCGAGCUCCCCGCGCCACCGCACACUGUGCCCGACGCGAAGCUUGACGAGGGGCCCAUACCGCGGGGCGGGGGCGGAGAGACCCCCGUCGGUGGGAGGCGCGUGAGCGACCCGCAGGUAGGGUCGAAGCGCACGCGGGAGGAGAGAGAUCGCGCGGGCUCUGUGGGCGAGCGAGAGCAGCGGGAGAGGGCUGAGAGAGCCGAGAGAGCUGAGCGGGGGGAGAGGGACCGUGGACAGGCAUAUGAUGUUUUGGAGAGACCGCGAUCGUGAUCGCGAUUGCGAUCGGUCGAGAGGGCCUGGGGAGAAUUCAACGUUCAACAAUAUUCAAAGUAUCGCAUAUCCAUCCAUACUACCUUAUCGCAUAGCAUACUACUCACCGGGGUACUCGUGGAAAGUCCUAAUGUGCCCACUGGGGGCACAGCACACUGUAUCUAGUAAGCAGCACCGUCGUCACGUUCAUGAUCAUCAUGCCACAUCAGCCUACACACACCCAUCACUUCACCCUUUUCCUGUUUUGCUUUGGACAGUUUGUCGUAUCCUGUGGCAUACAUCCGCAUCUAUCUCAUCGCCAUGUCCGCUUCUAGUCCACUCGCAGCAUCUUCUGUUCUCUUGGCUUACUGUAUCUAUGACCGCAUCAGCACGUUU